AUGGUCAAGGACACUAAAUACUAUGAGAUCCUGGGGGUCGACCCUGCAGCCUCAGAGGCUCAACUGAAAUCUGCCUACAAGAAGGGCGCCCUAAAGCACCACCCAGAUAAAAAUGCCCACAACCCUGAUGCGGCCGACAAAUUCAAGGACCUCUCGAAAGCCUACGAAGUUUUGUCCGAUCCUCAGAAGAGACAGUUAUACGACCAAUAUGGAGAGGAAGGACUGGAGCAAGGCGGCAUGGGCGGUGGUAUGGCCGCAGAAGAUCUCUUUGCCCAAUUCUUCGGCGGCGGUUCAGCGUUUGGCGGCAUGUUUGGCGGUGGCAUGAGGGAGACUGGCCCCAAGAAAGCCAGGUCGAUCCACCAUGUUCACAAAGUCUCCCUGGAAGAUAUUUAUCGAGGUAAAGUCUCGAAGCUUGCCCUGCAAAAAUCGGUCAUCUGCCCAGCUUGCGAGGGUCGUGGAGGCAAAGAGGGCGCCGUCAAAACAUGUACUGGCUGCAAUGGCGCAGGCAUGAAAACCAUGAUGCGACAAAUGGGCCCCAUGAUCCAGCGCUUCCAAACCAUCUGUCCUGACUGCCAAGGAGAGGGAGAAACCAUCCGUGAGCGGGAUCGCUGCAAACGCUGCAUGGGCAAGAAGACCAUCGUCGAGCGCAAAGUUCUUCAUGUCCAUGUAGAUCGAGGGGUCAAGAGCGGACACAAGAUUGAAUUCCACGGGGAGGGUGACCAAGUGCCUGGUGUACUCGCUGGCGAUGUUGUGUUCGAGAUUGAGCAGAAGCCUCACACAAGAUUCCAACGCAAGGACGACGACCUUUUUUACCAUGCCGAAAUCGAUCUCUUGACAGCAUUGGCCGGUGGUCAGAUCUAUAUCGAGCACCUGGAUGAGCGCUGGUUGACAGUUAAUAUCUUCCCCGGCGAGCCCAUCACUCCUGGUAAGUUACACCUUGGUGCUUCUUCAUUAAAUUGGGACGCUAACAUUGCACCAGGUGCUAUCAAGUGCAUCAAAGGCCAAGGUAUGCCAUCAUUCAGACACCACGACUUCGGAAACCUUUACAUUCAGUUCGACGUCAAAUUCCCCGAUAAGACCCAAGUCCAAAAUGUCGAGCUUCUGGAACAGAUCUUGCCCCCGCGCAUGGAACAGAAGCUUCCGCCGCCAGACUCUAUGACGGAGGACUUCGAUCUUGAGGAUGUCGACCCGCGCCAACAGGCACGUGCACAGGGCGCGACGGACGAAGACGAUGAGGACGGCAUCCCCGCAGGUGCAGAGAGAAUGCAAUGUGCCUCGCAGUGA